GUGGUGGUUCAAGGUGCACUUUGCAAUGGACGGGACGACUUUUUAACGUGUUUUUAGGCUGUAAUUGCCGUAGAAUGGCUUUUAAAAAUGGGUUGUCGGAAAAAUAGAGGUGCUAUACUUCCUAAUAAUUGCAAAGUGAAUUAUCGGUUACGACUUUCGAACUUCUGGUAAAAUCAUUCAUGUCAUCGUGUAUGAUUGACCAUAUUGUGCGCCGCAACGGUACAUCAAUUUAAAUACCCCUCACUAAGUUAAGACUUUGGUGUAUUUUUCACCAGUCUUAUUUACAUAAGCCGUCGUCUUGUCCAUUUGAACGUUGUUGCAUUGAAACAGUCGUAGACAGUGGCGAUUAUCUCGUGUUGUGGAUUAAUUAAUUAAAAUAUAGGUCUACCCAGUAACCUAUACAAAAUGUCCAUGACAUCCGAUAUGAAUUUAAUGGACCUCCUCUUUGACAAAGAAGACCCAACUCUUCACUUGACAUUUGAUAAAGAUGAUCUCUACCCGAAAGAUGAACUGGUUGACAUUGACUCCAAACCCUCAUUUGGUAUCUCUUCAGAAGUUUGGCCAAGCAACCCUGAUGAAUUCCUUGACUCUCUACUCAAUGGCACUCCAUUUGAUGACUCAAUACUUGCUGAAACUGAAAUUGGAAAUCCCCUAACAUCUGAUGUGUGUCUUUCGGGUGAUGGAUCACUUUCUCCUAUAGCUGCUGUUGUGAGCAGCAGCAGCAGCUCUGACAGUGGAGUAAACAGCGAUGUGCAUAGCGACAUUUACAGUGAUGUAUAUGGUGAUCACUCAGCACAUGAUGUUGCUGAGGACAGUGGUGGAUCUGUCGAUUUGCAAAUGUCCCCCAUUAAGCAAGAAUUAGAAGAGGAUGUCGACUUUUCCCCUGCACAAUCAAUGCCUGCCUCCCCUGACGUUCCAUCUUCCCCGGAAGGCGGUAAAUUUGAUUUGCUUGAUUCAGCAGUUCUCAGUGCAGGAAUAUUGGACUCAAAUAAUUUGGGGCAGCUUCAACUGAAGAAUAAUACUGCUAUUAUCAACAUGAACUUAACGUCCUCUGAUUCUGAUGUACCAGUGACUUCUCAGCCUUCAAACAUAUCAACUCAGCAGCUUACACUUCGACCUGUUAAGAGCUGGAAACGUAGUGGUUCUGGAGGCACUACCACAAAUGUUCGGCAAAUGAUUAGAGUGACUCCAAUGCCGGCAGUUGGCUCUUCAAAUUCUGGUCAUCCACGAUCAAUACUGCUGCCACUGCAGGACUUGAAAGAUGUCCGAACUAUUAAAAUUGUGAAUGCAAACAACGUCACAAACAAGCGUGCGAGAUGCAGACCAAUGGUCCCUGCUGUUGGAAAAGGAACCCCUGUUACCUUGCUUCAGGUGAAGCCUGGUUCAGUUUUAAAUACUUUAAAUGCAUCCCCAGCUCAAAGUUGCAGCAUCAGUAGUAGUAUGAGUGACAUAAUGCAAAUGUCAGGUGAUGAUUCAAGUGAUGAUUCAUCAGACAACACCAUGGACAUGUCUCAAAAUCCCUACCCAAGGCUUGUUCUUUCGCCUGAAGAAAGGAGAUUGAUGGAGAAAGAGGGUGUAACUCUUCCAACACAUUACCCUCUUACCAAGCAAGAAGAAAGAGAGCUGAAACGGAUCCGACGUAAGAUAAGAAACAAAAUAUCAGCUCAAGACUCACGGAAAAGGAAGAAAGAAUAUGUUGAUGGGUUAGAGGACAGGGUGAAGCAAUGCACUGAUGAGAACCGAGAAUUAUUGAAACGACUUAAAGUUUUGCAAUCUCAGAAUGAAUCAUUGGCUACACAACUUCAGCGUUUGAGGACAGUUGUAGCCCGUGGAAUGACAAGCAGUAGUUCACGUGCUGCCCAGCCUGCAACAUGUCUCAUGGUUCUCCUACUUUCUCUAGCCCUUGUUAUGGUUCCAAAUCUUCGUCCGGGCAAUAACACCCUGGAAGAUCAAGAGCUAAGCUCUGCUAGUUCUGCAUUAAAUGCAGACAAUAAGUUACCAGCCCUGCCAGGGCGGUCAAGGACAUUAUUACACUCUCAAGUUGGAGCAUUAUUUGCUGCAGACUCAACUGAUGACAUGGAAUUAAUAGAUGAAGAGGAACUCAAAAUUUCUCUUCCUAUGUUGGGGAAAAGGCAAGCACAUUUAGAAGACAGCAGUGCAUUUCUUGAUCAUGACUUUGGAUACCCUGAGACAAAGAAAGCAAGAUUCUCAAUUGAUCCUGGAGAGACUGUCCGCCAGUUUAUUGACCCUGACAUUGAUGAAGUUUGGCCCCCUCCAAAGAAGCAGAAAGAAAACUAUCUACCAAUUGAUGACAGAAUUGAAACCAUUGUUGAUCAGCUUUUAAACAACAAAACGGAAGAACCAUCUUCUACUCUUGUUCUCCCUGUCUCUCAAGAAGGUCGUUAGUAUUAAGGACUUUCUUCAGUUCAUUUCUUUGCUUUCAUGCACCCUGUGCUUGAUUUUCUUCUGACUUUUUCCUUACUAUGCUCUAUACCUUUCAAAAUAUCUCUGGCCCUUUCACUGUUACUUCAAGGAGAAAUGUAGAGCUACUUUUUUAAAAUAUGAGAGGAAGUGAGGCAAUAUAUUGAAAAAGAACUGUAGAUUUAUAAAGAAAAGUUAUCUAUCGUACAAAUGAAAGCAUGAUACAAUUUUUUUUUUGUUAGAUGUUACUUUGUAUCUUUUUAUCUAAAAUGAUGUACACUCCACUUACAUGGGCAAAGAAAAAAGUUAAGUACAAUCUGUGAUUUUGUUUUCUUUUAUUUGAUUUUUUUUAUAUCUAAAUGGAAUUGUGUGUGUGUGUGUGUGAUACACAAAGUGAUAGCUAGGUAAGAUUUCAAUGUCGGUUUUAAACCCCAAUUCUGUUUUGUCAUUUUUAUUUCUUUGCCUCUCUCCCUCUUUUCCCCAAUGAAAUGUACUCUUUCCAUUUUACAUGUGUCCUUUUAUGAUACAUUUUUUUAUAGUGUGCUGUGGAUUUAUUGCUUUUUGUGUAUUAGGUGCAGGGAUUUUUAUUUUUCAGCAUUUAUAGCACUGCCUUUUUAAUUUUACUAGCUUUUACCUAUCUUUCCAUUGAAGUGGUUCUUCUUUUCUUGUUAUUUUUAUUGCCUUCUAGGAGACAUCUCUUGAGUAUGUUGCUUUAUCUUAUUGUUAAUCAAUCAUGUAUCCAAGAUAGAUGUAGAUGCAUGUCUUGUAGGCACAUUUGUGUAUUGCAGUGCUUUGUUUCUGUUUGUGACUUAUUGCUGGGAGAUCUUUUUGGAGAAUUCUGCUGAAUUUUAUUCAUAUGAAAUGGCUAUUAAUUGAAAUGAACUUAUAUCAAUUAUUCAUAGGUAAAUUUACACACAUUCUGGGACCUAAAGAGAUUUUGGAAUUGAUAAGUUUUAGGGAAUGAUAAAUAUUAUCAAGUCAUCACCUUGAAAAGAGAUUGCUGUAAAAUGGCUCAGAAUAACAAUUGUUUGAUUCAAACAGUUGGUUAUUUGAAACUUGAAUCUUGGAUGCUUUUGAAGUGACUGUACAGUAUUUGACCCACAAAU